AGCAUGUUGCCCAUCACGUGCAAGAAACUGGCCUAAGAAGCGCCGUCCCAUAACAACAUCAACAAGAUGAUGGAAGCUGCGUCCUGGGGUCUCCGCAUGGCGGAGGAGCGCCGUGACCGUUUGAAGUCUUUUGAUUUCCGGAAACAGGUGGAGCUGGACUACAACAUCGAGUGCGAGAAACAUUUAAUCCCGCAACUCGACCAGUUGCUCAUUGCUUUCGGGGGGAUAGGCGGAGGCGGUACAUCCAAUGGGCCUUCACUCACAGCCGGUGGGUCCUUCCAUUCCGACCCACAGCAAAACCUCAACCCGCUGCUGCAAAACCCGCGAGUGCGGGAGUGGACGGAAACUUUGAUCAAUUUUCUCGUCCGCGCCAACAUCGACAUCGCUUUUCAAGUGAUUGAAGAAGACCUCACGUAUUGUAAGAUCAUGGAACAUAUGCAUUGCAAAAGUAUCGUGCUCGUACUAAUUGCAGAUAUGCAUGACAAAUUCAAUUUUCUACCUGAAAUAGCAUGACAAAUUCAAUUUUUUUCUUUGGAAAAUUAUUUGUAAUGCAUUUUAUACUAGUACGAUACUCUUGCACAGGAUAGAACAACAAUUGAGGGAGACCAUCGAGCACUUGAUCGCGUUACAAACGGAGUACUUCAAGGAGAUUUCGUCUCUCAGGAACAAAUACCUGCAGCAGUUGGACGAAAAAGCGAACAUUUUCAACCCGGAAAAGUUCAACAACGAGGAGCAGUUGUACGUCCAGGAGAUGGCCGAAGCGUGGAAAGCGUUACCGGAUUUCGAGAAGCACCGGGCACUGUUCCUGGAUCCGAAGGAGGAGUGGCAGCAGCGGCUGAGGCCGUUAUCGUUGCGGAAUGACGACGAGAGCUCGCCGAACGGGGUUGGUGGUGGAGCGGGUGGGGCUGGAAGUCAAAAGAGUCUUCCUGUCCUCUCCAAACCCUACGAAGUCGACGCUUUGCCCUGGUUUUUCGACGUGAACGGCGGGCAUUUGGGGAAGAAAAUUCAGGAGUUGUGCGCUCUCAUGGUGGCGCACCGGGUGAAAGAGAUACGAGCGCGGGAUAAGGAAAUGGAGGAGGCGGCGCGGAAGGCCAGGAUGGCAAAGGACGACGAAGCGGUGCCUAGUUCGAUGAUGGACGAAAACUUGAUGAAGGAAACACUGGAGGAGAACAAGUAUAAGUAACGGUUUUCGUUUUUUUAUUGUGUUCUGUUCUGGUCCUGGUGUAGUUCUUUGUUCCGCUAAGAAAAGUACGUUUCUUUGUUGCAUCUUUGUCGUCUCGGAGCUGCACAUACGACAACAACUCACACCAAAAACAGGCGCCUCCAGAAGGAGAACCGAGAGCUCAAAGCGCAAAACGCAGACAAGGAUGAGGAAAUUGCAAAUUUGCAGAAGCUUCUGGAGGAACAGUCUAAAAGGAUAGAAGAACUUUCCCUGGAAAACGAAGAGUUGAAGCAGAGCUCACGACGGAACUCGACUUCAAAAACGCGGAAAUCGCAGGAGAUGGAACUGGAAAUGGACGAGCUGAAGCGGCAAGUCGCGCAACUCGAAUUCAAGAAUUCGGAAUUGGACCUGGAAAACGAGAAUUUGAAGCAGGAACUGGAAAAAGCACUGCAGCAGCUGAAGGUCGCAAUGGACUCAGAUGCAGAGGCUGCAACAGCAGGUACUGUUGACGUGAUGAAUGCGUUGCAACGAAGAACUUUUUUUCAGAUUUUUUUGAAAACCACACGUAGGGGAGAUAGCCUCGAGCAAGGCGAUCUUUAUUAGCAUAAGCAGAUGCAGCCCUUAAAAAGUCAGCUGCGAUACAUAGAAGUGCCUCCCCCACGCUUUGUUUUCCACAGGUGACCCCGACGCGCGGCGGCGGUCUUUGUCCAAGAAAGAAGAGAUUCAGCAGCUGAAAGAGCAGGUGGAUCAAUACCUGAAGAUUAUCAAGAUGAAAGAUCAGGAGAUCGCAACUCUGUCAAAAGACAACACGACCAAGCAACGUACGAUUGACGAGCUGAUGGCGAAAUUAGCCUUGAUGGAGCAGAUUCUGGAGAGGCAGAAGUCACAGCUGUCUGCUCUCUCCGCCGACCAGAACUUGAACUUAAUGGAUGAGUUGGGCUUGAAGAAAAUGGUGGACGAGCAUUUGGACAAAAACUUCCACAGCAUGCGAAACGUCUUUGAACGCCUAUACCAGGACGCUUUUGACAAGCGCGACCGCAUGACAGAGCUGCAGCAACGGUUUAGAGAUCUGCAACUGGAGGGCUUGCUCGGGAUUUUACAGAGUAAAAAGAUAAAAGAUGAAUUGAAAAUGAAAUAAAGUGCGUUUGUUUCUCUCUUUUUUCUUGAAUUUGUUUUGUGCAAGCUGUCGCGCAGUCGGUGCAAGCAGUCCACGCCGUAAAAAAUUGUAAAAACAAAAUCCUUCAGGUUACCCGCGGUCCAACCUGAGCCGCAGUCCGCGGGCGUCCAUAGUUUCCGGCUUGAGGCAGGUGUCCCUCUCACCCUUGAAGAAGGGCGGCUUCAAGUUCAUUUUAGCUCCGCUGAAGGACCACGAGAGCAGUGGUUCUGUAGAGGAAAAACAGCAAUCAGAACUGCAAGCUGCAUAUCAAAUGCAAACGUGUCUGGGUCUGGAAGAAUGCAACUUGUGACGCUGCAUUUGGAUUGCAAAAAAAUCUGUAUUGCAUGAGUAGCAAAGGGAAUGCGAUUUUUGCUACUCGGAGAGGGCAUUUGUAAUGCGGAAUAGGCAUCAAGAAGCCCUCAAAAGAUCUGUGAUGCUAGGGCACGCAUCACAGACAUCAAGACUCAUGCAAAACCUGCAUGACAAGUCUCAGAAUCUUCCAGACCCAAACACUUUUGCAUUUGAUACCGCACCACCCAGCACCAAACCUGUUUCCGACGUUCCGAUGAAGUUCGGCUUACUCCAAAACGGAUCCUCCUCUUCCACCGCCAAGUUCACCACCCGCCCCAGGACCUCCCCAGAAACCUCCCUGGUCCAGAUUAACGUGAAAGCAAAGCAAAACUGCGAAAAGAAGAACCUGACCACCCGCCUUCCCGGGUUCCAGCAGUCCCUCUACCACAGCAGUCAAGGGACGCACAGCUGGCGCGCGGGGACCGGGAAUUCGAUCGAGGAGCUGGCGAAAAAAGAUUUGGCAACCCAGAAAUUCAAUGAACAGCAGAAGGAAAAGAAUCUGAAUCAUGCCGCAAUUAACAAUUCUAGUAAAGUUGUACCGACUAAAAAGCUUUUAUACAACCAAAUGAAGCCGUCCGCCUCGACGAUAGGCUUGUUCGACGUAAACAGUUCUUCUCACAUCGCACCAGCACCAUCUCCAUCGGAUCCUGGAUUUUUCUCUGCGUCUGCUCAGCGCAUGAGCAACCAACCGCACCAGCAUAACGAAUCGAGGUAUUCGGAUCACUCGGCGAUGCCGGCGGUUUCUGAUGUGGAAGAGGAAAACCAAGUAUCGAGUGCAAAUGUGUCUGGUUGAUGUUUUCCUGGAAGAAACAAAUAAACCGCUUUUGUGAUGCAAAGUCUGUGCGACACAAAGAUGAAGGUCUGUAUUUGUAUUGCAUAAAGAAGCAACACAUCCUGCUGCUUUUGGCCACGAGAAGGCGGCACUGGGCAUGCAAGACAGGCAUCGAGAAUCCUCAGUCUCAGCAAGACUUGUAGCUGUGAUCCACAGCUCGCAUAGUUCCAGACCUUCUCUGGCGAAGGCGUACUAAAUGUGCAUGACAAAUUCCGCAAUCGAUUGAGAGCCCGACAUAUUUGCACUCGAUACCAAGGGAUAAAGAUCAACAUGAUCACGCAGAUCGAGGAACUCUUGCCGCAAUCACUCGAGGAACUACUGGCACCGCAUCUGCAGAAAUUGCCGCUGCUGGAGGGGGAAUAGCUGCAGUGAAGGACGACCAAUGGAACAAGAACUGCGGAGGACAAGACGGAGAAGUCGAGCUGAGUAUGGUGUAGAGCUCCAUAAGAUGGUGCUCGUGCUGACUCCAGCGAGACUAAUUUUGACGAAUACUCUGUGCACCGCACUUGCACACCAAAAAUGAAGAUGCUAGCUGCUUGUACUUAUUUACUCUGUAUGAUAUACGCUUGUAGUACUACUCCAUGUACUAGUACUCUGCAGGAACAGAUCGCCACCCGCCUCGUGCAUUCAACGAGCUCAUUGUACAAUUAGACUGGUCGCCCCCGCUCACAUGCGGAAUUUGUAAAAUCAACAGCGGAAUAAAUGUAGCCAUUAUUUACAACUUAUUUCGUCGUUUAUCAUCUUCAUCCGUUAAAGCUUCGAGCGCUAAAACAGUGCGCAU